AUGGGGUCAACCCUGAGCAUCUUCUCGAAGAAGCCAGUCGAGGAGGCGCCUGCGAAAGUCCCCACGGACAUUAUUGUUCCCUUUCACACAUUCGACAGCUCCCCAUACUUGCGGACAUUGAUCCUUAAUUUCACGUACCGCUUUGAUGAUGUGCUCGACGCAGAGAAACUCCGCACAUCGCUCGAGCGCCUGCUAGAGAUUGGCGAUUGGCGAAAACUAGGCGCUCGAGUGCGACUGAACGAGCAAGGCAAAGCCGAAUAUCAUAUCCCAGAGCGGUUCAGUGCAGAGCGUCCGGGUUUCAUCUUCACAAGCGAGACUCAUGACCAAAGCAUUCACCAGCAUCCUGUUGCUUCAAGAAUGCCACGCUCAGGAACAAGGCCAGCCGUGCUGAAUGACCCGUACGAGUUCCAAGCAUUGGCUGAAGGGCCAGAUGCCGCCACCAAGUUCGAGGAUUGGUCGAAGUCAGAUCGGCCACCUUUGGGCGUCCACGUGGUGACCUUUGAGGAUGCCACCCUCCUGACCCUCAGCUUCUCGCAUACGUUCAUCGAUGGCGUCGGGCGACAGCUCCUCCUCAAGGCAUGGCUGAAUGUACUCAACGGAGAAGAGCACAAGGUCCCGCCAUUGCUGGGUUACCAGGAGGAUCCUUUCGCCGCACUCGCCGGCCGAGUCCCAGCCAACAAGCAUGUGUUCUACGACCAGCUCCUGUCCAGUUGGGGCUUUGUGCGAUUGAUAUUAUCUGGAAUGUGGGAGAACUUCUGGUAUCCCAAGUUGGCAUCUCGCAUGAUUUUCCUCCCUGGCGCAUUCGUGAAGAAAUUGAAGGAUCAGGCGCUCGCCGAUAUACGCACUAGUGAUGAUUCGACGGACCAGCCAUUCCUCAGCGAGGGCGAUGUUAUUCUAGUUUGGUGGGCCCGACUCACAUGUUUGGCCAUGGGGAUCCCACCGGGCCGGCAAAUGACGCUCAACAACGCCUUCAACUUUCGAGGCGUGAUUGAUCAAUUCCUCCCGCCGACUUCCGCAUUCAUCGGCAAUGCCGUCUCCAGCAGCAGCACGAGUUUCACAGCAUCUCAACUGUUCUCCCUACCCUUGGGCCAGCUCGCCCUGCAGGUGCGACACUCACUACAGCAGCAACGAAGUCAAGAACAGGUCGAAGCAUACGCCAGCCUUCUUGCAGAGAGGGAGGCGCUCGGCAAGCCCGCAUUAUUUGGCCGUCCUGAUGCACUUGGGAUUUACUGGUCAAAUUGGCAUAAAGCGAGAUUUUUCCAGAUGGACUUUUCGGCUGCCGUUUCGAAGAUAGGCACGCCGCUUGAACAGCGGAAGAAUGGAGCCGGUGUGCCUUCAUAUAUCAACGUCGCGGGCCAUCAGAGCUCAUUCAAGAUCCGAAAUGGAGGACCGCUAAUCGGGCGGGAUGCAGCUGGGGAUUGGUGGAUGCAAUGGCCGAUGCGUGCUGACGCAUGGCCUGCUGUGGAGAAGAGAGUUCAGCAGCUGGCAGACGAGAUGUAG